CCCGAUGGCGCUGCCCGGUCGGUGCCCGCUGGCCGAGGACAGCUUCAGCCGCCUGAGCUCGCAGAGUAACGUGUACGGGCUGGCGGCGCUGCCGGCGGGGGAAGAAGGGCCCGGCGGGCUCCUGGCGGCCGCCCUCAAGGGCAAGGUCAUUCACUUCCGGUACCACGAGCUCCAGGGGCGCAUGCGCCCGCUCGCCAGCGAGCUCCAGUUCACCUACAUCCCGGUGGAUGCUGAGAUCGUCUCCAUCGAUUCCUUCCCCAAGUCCCCACCCCAGCGCGGGCUCGUUGUGGGCAUCACCUUCAUCAAGGACUCCGGGGACAAGCCCAGCCCCUUCCUCAACAUCUACUGUGACUACGAGCCAGGCUCCGAGUACGACCUCGACUCCGUGGCCCAGAGUUGCCUCAACCUGGAGCUGCAGUUCACCCCCUUCCAGCUCUGCCACGCUGAGGUCCGCAGCGGUGAGCGCCUCGAGACCGUUUUCCUGCUCAGUGGCAAUGACCCGGCCGUGCACCUCUACAAGGAGGUGAGAGCAGCCCUGACCCAGCCCCCCCAUUCCUGCUCCAGCCCCCCAUUCCCGACCAUCUCCCCAUCCCCAACCCAGCUCCCUUCCAGUAUCCUAUGGCUCCACGUCCUGACCCUUCCCAGUACCCCUUCCCAUCGGAUCACAGCCUUCGGCUGCCAGAGCGGCCACGUCCGCGUCGCCCGCGUGGACCAGAGCGGCCCCACCGUGCUCCAGAGCUGGAGCAUCCAACAGGAUGGGCCCAUCUCCAAGGUACUGGUGUUCCCAGUACCACCGGAGCCGUAUCCCGAUGCUUCCAAGCGGGAUGCUGCGGUGGAGCCGUGCUUCAGUGUACUGGUGGCCAGUACCAUGGAGCUCAGUGUGGUCUAUAGGGAUGUGCUGAGCCGGGGCCUGACGGAGCAGUGCCCAUUGCCAGGCAGUGACCUCCACGACAGCGUCCUCUGCGCCCUCACCCCGGACCUGGACUUCGAUGGGCACCCAGAGGUGCUGCUGGGCACCUAUGGGCAGGAGCUGCUCUGUUACAAGUAUUCCGGAGGGGAAUUCCGCCUGCUCUGGUCCCGGCGCUUCCCGAGCCCGCUCCUGUCCCUGCUCUACAGCGACCUCACCGGUGAUGGCCUGGCCGAGCUCGCCGUGGUCUGCGUGCGGGGCCUGCACGUGCUGCAGCACCGCCUGGAACCGGUCGCUCGCUGCGUCCUGGAGCGGCUCCGGGCACUCGUGGGGGCCCCCCCCCAAUAA